AUGAAGCAAUUUGACCUGAAAUCAUCGCUUUCCGAUACGCCAUCGUCAACCGACACUGGCUAUGCGUCUCAUUGUCUACCACCGGCUCAAGUCUCACCAGCUCCUGGACACUUCGAUUACUGUAUCAUGCAGCAGGCUCCAUCCAGCUCCGGCGUCAGAUCAAUGUCGGUCGAUGAUUACGAUCGUUUCAGUUCGUUGCCGAUUCGUGGCUCAACGAAACGGAAAUCGAAAUCGCGUGGCGAAUCGGACGACGACAUGAAAUCGGGCGAUGAACGCGACGUUGACCGACGAUCGGCCAAUAAUGCUCGCGAACGUGUACGUGUACGUGACAUCAACACCGCGUUCAAAGAGCUUGGAAAGAUGUGCGGACAGCAUCUGCCGAACGCCAACGAGAAAGCCCAGACCAAGCUUGGCAUCCUUCACCAGGCCGUCUCCAUCAUUACGGCUCUCGAGGAACAGGUAGAGCUGAUUCCUGCGGUACGACAGCGCAAUCUCAACCCAAAGGCUGCUUGUCUGAAACGACGUUCUGACGAGGACAAAAUGGCACCAAAUGCUUUGAUGGAACAGAAGCCGCAAGCACACGACUAUCACCCGCAGUAUUGA